AUGUACUCCAGGUGUGGCAGCUUAGAGGGUUUCAGGAAGGUGCAGAUGGCUGUUUCAUGGCAGGAUCAGGUGUCGCUCAAUUCUGUAAUCUCGGGGCUCUCCUCUUUGGGACUUGGCAACGAGGCAUUUGAGCAGUUCUUGGAGAUGAGAAGGCAUGGUGCCGACACAGACUUGUUCACCUUUGCCAGCAUGCUAAAGGCUAUAGGGAGCUCAUCCUCACUGCCGGAGGGAAGACAAGUCCAUGCUCUGAUUCUCAAUACUGGACACGAUUCCGAUGUCAAUGUCCAGAACGGCUUGAUUUCCAUGUAUGCUAGACGUGGCGAGAUAGGGGAAUCCCAGAAUGUUUUCGCUUCGGUGCAGGCCCCUGGCCUGAUCUCCUGGAGCUCGCUCCUGUCAGGGUAUGCCCAACAUGGGUGUGGCAAAGAGGCGGUCGAGGUUUUUGAGCAGAUGAGGAGACUGAAUGUCCACCUGGACCACACAACCUUCUUACUUGUGCUCACAGCUUGCAGCCACACCGGUCUUGUCGAUCAAGGCUUAGAGUACUUCAACCUGAUGAGAACAGACGGGUUCCUUGCGGGAGCAUGGCAAGAGCAGUACGCGUGCGUCGUCGACCUCCUCGCUCGAGCAGGCCGUCUCCGAGAAGCCGAGUUUCUGGUCACCGACAUGCCUAUAGAGACCAGUGUCUCGGUAUACCGUUCUCUGCUUAGUGCCUGCCAGAUCCAUGGCAACCUCGAGAUCGCUGUCCGGGUGUCGGCGCGCCUGAUCGAGCUCUGCCCUGACGAUGCAUCUGGUCAUUGGGGUAGUGCUGCUGAGGUCAGGGAGUCCAUGGCUGGGAAAGCGAUAGUGAAGAACCCUGCUUGGAGCUGCGUCGAGGACCAGAUGUAG